UGCCAUUUUAAGCAGGUAAAAUACGAAAACAAUACAGAAAAAACAGAGCAUUAAUGUGUUUAAUAGAAAAGUUUACGCAGGAAUUUCAGUGUACCUUCCUGUUGUUGAAGCUGAAAGAUUUGAGAAGCUGUAUCUUCUAAAAGUUUGAUCGAGGGUCAGUGGAGGAGAUCAAACUCAUCAGAUUCUCCUGCAGCUUCAUCAUGACUGAUUCACAAGGAUCCAGAGAUGGAGAUUUUUAUCCAAGAUCCAGUUCAGUCCAGCAGAAGAGCUCAAACCCAGAGUCCAGCUGUGUGUCUAUGAAGAGUAACUGGUCUAUGAUUGAGCCACCAGUGUUUAAGAGUGAAGACACACGGCCUGAUCUCAGGUCAAAUCUUCUAUCCAGACCAGUAAAAAACAAAACUGUGUUCAUGCCUGUGAUUCAACCACAUGACUUUAAUGAAAGCAUGAAUCCUGGUUACAGCCAUGACUCUAAACCUGCUGAAGUCCUCAACACAUUGAGAUCAAAUCUGAGAAAGAAGUUUGAGUGUUUGUAUGAGGGAAUAUCAAAGCAGGGAAACCCAACACUCCUGAAUGAGAUCUACACAGAGCUCUACAUCACAGAGAGUGAAAGUGGAGAGAUCAGUAAUGAGCAUGAGGUGAGACAGAUUGAGACACAGUCCAGGAGAGCAGAAAUAGAGGACACACCGAUCAAAUGCAAUGACAUCUUUAGACCUUUACCUGGACAAGACAAACCCAUCAGAACUGUGCUGACAAAGGGAGUCGCUGGCAUUGGAAAAACAGUCUCUGUGCAGAAGUUCAUCCUGGACUGGGCUGAAGGGAAAGAGAAUCAGGACGUCCAGCUCAUAUUUCCACUUCCAUUCAGAGAGCUCAACUUCAUGAAAGACAAAACACUGAGUCUUUCAGACCUUCUGCAUGUCUUUUUCCCUGAAACAAAAGAAAUGGAAAUAUCUAGUGAUAAGUAUAAAGUUUCAUUCAUCUUUGAUGGUCUGGAUGAGAGUCGUCUGUCUCUGGAUUUUCAGAGCGAUGUGAGGUUGUGUGAUGUGACUGAAUCAGCCUCAGUGGACGAGCUGCUGAUGAACCUCAUUGUGGGGAAUCUGCUUCCCUCUGCUCUCAUCUGGAUCACCUCCAGACCAGCAGCAGCUGAUCUCGUCCCCUCUGAGUGUGUCCAUCGAGUGACAGAGGUACGAGGUUUUAGUGAUCCACAGAAGGAGGAAUACUUCAGGAAGAGAGUCAGUGAUCAGAGUCUGUCCGACAGGAUCAUCUCACACCUGAAGUCAUCAAGGAGCCUCUUUAUUAUGUGUCACAUCCCAGUUUUCUGCUGGAUCUCAGCCACUGUUCUAGAGAAGAUGUUGAGUGAAGCAGAGAGAGGAGAGAUUCCAAGACUCUCACUCAAAUGUACACACACUUCCUGAUCCUUCAGACCAACAUCAAACAUGAGAAGGACUAUGAGAAGAAAGUAAAAGAUGAAGACAUGAUCCUCAAACUGGGGAGACUGGCUUAUCAGCAGCUUGUGAAAGGAAACCUGAUCUUCUAUGAGGAAGACCUGAGAGAGUGUGGCAUUGAUGUGACAGAAGCAUCAGUGUACUCAGGAUUGUGCACUCAGAUCUUCAGAGAGGAGUUGGGCUUGCAUCAGGGGAAAGUCUUCUGCUUUGUUCAUCUGAGCAUUCAGGAACAUCUAGCAGCUCUAUAUGUUCAUCUCUCCUUUAUAAACAAGAACAUCAAUGUGUUUGACCAGAUUACCAAACCAACUAAUGGAGACAAAGUUUCACUAUCUGAUCUCCAUCAGAGAGCUGUGGAUGAGGCUUUAGACAGUAAAAAUGGGCAUCUGGACCUUUUCCUUCGUUUCCUUCUGGGUCUGUCAGUGGAGUCUAAUCAGAGUCUCUUACAAGAACUAAAGACACAGACAGGAAACAGAUCUCACAACAAUGAGAAAACAGUUUACUACAUUAAGAAAAAAAUCAGUAAGAAUCACUCUCCAGAUAAAUACAUCAAUCUGUUUCACUGUCUGAAUGAACUGGGUGAUCUUUCACUAGUGAACGAAGCUGAACCUCAUAAGAAAUCAUAUGGAGGAUUACGUGAUGUGAAACUCUCCUCAUCUCAGUGGUCAGCUUUAGUUUUUGUGUUGUUGACCUCAGAGGAGACAAUGCAUCAGUUUGAACUGAACAACUUAAUUGGAGGCAGAAAUGAUCAUGACGCAGUAAACACAGGAGAUGAAGUUCUUCAGAAGAUGCUGCCUGUGGUUACAGCAACUAGAUCAGCUGUGUAAGUAACACUGAGAACAA